GUCAUGCAUUUAUUAGCAAAAACAUGGAUACAGAGUUUUCGAUGGAGUAUAGGGUCCAUUUGGAAUCUAUAAAAGGCUCUAUGCAGGAGGUUGAACUGUGGAAGGCAGAUGGAUAUCCUUCACCUGUUUUGUUGAAGCUGAUGAGGGAUGUGAUAUGCGGACUUGUACAUCUCCAUGAACUGGGAAUUGUGCAUCGCGAUUUGAAGCCGCAAAAUGUGUUAAUAUUCAAAGAUAGAUCUUUUUGUGCAAAGCUUUCUGAUAUGGGAAUUAGUAAACGUCUUAUUGAAGACACAUCCUCACUGGGGCAUCAUGCUACUGGCUGUGGAAGUUCGGGAUGGCAAGCUCCUGAACAGCUUCUUCGUCAGCGUCAAACAAGGGCAGUCGAUGUGUUUAGUCUAGGUUGUGUUCUGUUUUUCUGCUUUACUGGUGGUAGACACCCUUUUGGUAGCCCUCUUGAACGUGACAUCAAUAUCACAAAGAAUAAAGUUGACCUUUUCCUGGUGGAACAUAUUCCGGAAGCUAUUGAUCUGCUUUUGCAAUUAUUAAAUCCUAAUGCUGAAAUGAGGCCAAAGGCGUCAGAGUUGCUUUACCAUCCUUUAUUUUGGAGUGCGGAGAUGCGAUUAUCCUUCCUUCGUGACACAAGUGACAGGGUAGAAUUGGAAGACAGAGAGACCGAUCCUCUUCUAUUAAAAGCUCUAGAAAGUACAGCCCCAUUGGCUUUAGGUGCAAAGUGGGACGAAAAGAUGGAAUCUUCAUUUCUUGAUAACAUCGGACGCUAUAGACGUUAUAAGUAUGAUAGUGUUCGUGACUUAUUACGAGCCAUGCGUAACAAGUUGAAUCAUUAUCGAGAGCUUCCCACAGAAAUGCAGAAAUUAAUCGGAUCGGUUCCCGAAGGAUUUGAUAGGUAUUUUAUGACUCGGUUCCCAAAAUUAUUGAUCGAAGUCUACAAAGUCAUGUACACACACUGUAGAGAAGAAGAAUGGUUUCACAAGUACUUCAAAGGUACAACAUUCUAGCUUCUUACAUGUGUUUAGAAGAUUUAUGGUCCAUCAUAUAUACUGGGGAUUUGUAUAUACUACUGGUGUGUACAUACACAUGUAAUGCUAAUGUAAUGCAUCGAUGAACAAUGAUAAUUAUGUAAAAUUUGUAACAGUCAGAAGUUAUAAUAAUCUUAUGUUGCUGCC